AUGGAGAAGCAGGCUGAUUACGAGAAUCAAUAUUAUUGCCAAACUGAAAACAAACAAUUUAAUGAGUAUGAACAAGUUACACCCAAUAGUUACAAACAACCAUGGAACAACCAACGGCGAAAAAGAAAUCAACGACAGAGUCAACGAUUCAAUAGCAGAAUCUAUAGUAAUAACGGUAUCAACAACCAAAAUAUAAACAUGAAUUUCAGAAAAAAUUAUCAAACUAUGACAUCACAGGGAUACGAAAAAGGAAAUUUCUAUAACAGCGAUAGGAAUUUUGAAGAGUAUAACAUCGAUUCAAGAAAUUUACAAUAUAGAUUUGCGGAAGAAGAACAAGAAUUUAAUGUCAGAAAUGAAUACAGAAGAUACAACGAUAUACAAGAUGAUUAUAGAAUAGAGCGGCAGAAGGAUUAUGAAUAUACUAAUUACGAAGAAUCAAUACAUGAUUAUGAUUUCGUAACACCACCAAUUCGUUUUAAAGAUUCGUCCACAAACCAAAACUCUUUAAAGGAUGAAAAACAAUCUGAUUAUAAUGUCUCACCCUCUGUAAAUGAACCACAACUUGAAACAGAAAGCGAAAGAUCAAGCGAAGAAGAAGAAAACAUUAGUAUUAUUAACAUCAAUAAUACAAAAAAUCUGAAAGAAGAAAGAACUCAAGAGCAAUUACGCAGCAAAAAUGAAGAAGGAAGAAAAUUAGAAGAAUUUAGGGAUGCAACAAUAAAUCAAAAUGCCAAACAUCCAAUAGAAAUGUCACAUAAAGACGAAAAUCCUGCAAGGAAUAUGACAAUUUCUUCUGUCACGAGUGUAAAUCAAGAGAUAUUAGAAGAGAUCCAAACUUUGAACAGAAAAUCUGUCAACUUUGUAUCAAUAAUUCAAGAUUAUUCUGAGGAAAAACAGCUACUAAUAAUAAAUGAAGACAAUGAGACAGAGAAUGUACCAGAUGGAUUUACAAUUGAAAUGAAAAGUAAUAAACUGGACACGGAAAGUAAUGAAAAGAUGACGACAUUAAACAGUGCCACUCAGCAAAAUUUGCGUUUACCAGGGUCAAUGUCAUUCGGAUUAUUGGGUCAUCAUAUGUAA